UCAAUUGCAACCAUUAGAUAAACAUCCAAGACUAAACACAUGGAGUUCUGGCUCAUUGUCCUUGCCUUUCUCUGUCUUUUGAUGCUCAUAAUGAGAGCUUUCCACUCACAUCCCCUCCCUCCUGGGCCUUUCCACAUUCCCUUCAUCUCCAACAUUCUCUUGCUACGAAAAUCAUUUUCAGAACUAGAGACAAUUCUUCUAAACCUCCAUGCAAAACAUGGUCCUAUAAUCACAUUCAACUUCUGGAAUGGUCCACAUAUUUUCAUAGUUGAUCCCUCCCUUGCCCACCAAGCCUUAAUUCAGAAAGGAACAAUCUUCGCCGACCGCCCCAAAUACCUUUCUAACAAUGAACAAUUUAACAUCGCCUCCUCCUUCUAUGGCCCAAAUUGGCGUGUCCUCCGCCGCAACCUCACCUCCUUGCUUCACCCAUCACGAUCCAAAUCCUUCUCUAGCACCCGCAAGCGGGUCCUGAAUAAUCUUCUGAAUAGGUUGAAAUCGGAUGCAGACAGGGCCGAAUCAUGUCAUCCCAUUAAAGUCAUGGACCAUGUGCAACAUGCCAUGUUCAGCUUGCUGGUGUUCAUGUGUUUCGGUGAAAGAGUUGAUGAGCAUUACAUUAGACACAUCGAGUCCAUCCAGCGUAGUUUGAUUGUCAACACUGGCAGAUUCAAUCUACUCAAUUUCUUUCCAUCAAUGGUUGCUCGCGUCUUGUUCCGAAAACGCUGGCAGGAGCUGUUGCACCUUCGGAAGGCCCAGAAAGAUGUUUUGUCUGAAUUAAUUGAAGCAAGAAAACAGAGUUUCGAAGACAGAGUCAGUAGAAACAUGAAGGACAAUGACACUGAUGAUGAUGAUGAUGAUGAAUUUGUUGGUUGCUAUGUGGAUACUUUGUUAGAUUUUCAAUUACCUGAGGAGAAACGCAAGCUGAAUGAAGGUGAAAUUUUGAGUCUAUGUUCAGAGUUUCUCAAUGCUGGAACAGAUACAACUUCAACAGCAAUGGAGUGGGUGAUGGCGAAUUUGGUGAAACACUCUCAUGUGCAAGAAAGGGUUGUUGAGGAGAUUGAAGGGGUUGUAGGUGAAAGAGGAAAAAGGGAAGUGACAGAGGAAGAUUUGGUGAAGUUGCCAUAUUUGAAGGCUGUGAUUUUAGAAGUUCUGAGGCUUCACCCUCCCUCACACUUUGCAAUCCCACAUCGGGUAACUGAGGAUGUUGUUUUGAAUGGUUUCUUGGUGCCAAGAAAGGGGACAGUGAAUUUUUUGGUGGCGGAGAUGGGGAGGGAUCCGAAGGUGUGGGAGGAUGCUAUUGAGUUCAAGCCAGAGAGAUUUUUGAGUGAUGAUGAUCAGAAGGGAUUGUUUGAUAUUAGUGGGAUUAAAGAGAUAAAGAUUAUGCCAUUUGGUGCAGGGAGGAGGAUUUGUCCAGCUUAUAACUUGGCAAUGCUGCAUUUGGAGUACUUUGUGGCAAAUUUAAUAUGGAAUUUUGAAUGGAAGGCUUCUUCACUUGGAGGUGAUGUUGAUAUGUCAGAAAGACAGGAGUUUACAAUGGUCAUGAAACAUCCAUUACAAGCUCUGAUUUCUCCUAGGUUAUAGGCCUCGUUCAUUUAAUCAUUUCUGAUUUGUUUUGUACAGUUUUUUUCAUGAGAGCCACAAAUAUGUGUAUGCAUGUAUGUAUUUAGUUAUGUAUUACACAUUCUUUAUAGAAAAUCAAACAUGAAUUGUUUAGUUAUGUAUUUUUAAAUUAGAUGAAAACUUGUG